AUGACAAAAUGUAUAAAUACAUGGCUAAUGACUCUAAAAUGGCGCCCAAUAUCAAUUAGAGGGACCAGUUUCCAAGGCUUUGUUUGUGGUUCAUGAAUCAUCGUUUGCUAAAUUUUUUUGGAAGUCAGCCGAACUUAGUUUAUAAGAAAAAAAGGUUGGCCAUAUAAAUGGAAAAAUAUGCGAAGUCUUAGUGGACAAAAAGGAUUAUUGCAAUACACACGCCAAACACAAUUUAAUUAUCCUAUGGAAAUUUUGUUAAUCUACAUACAAAAUAGGUCAUUUCUCUAUAAUCAUUUGGUUAAUGCAAUCAAACCCGGGUUGCUGGAGCUAAGGGGUGAAAGGAAAAGAGCACAGUUUAGGGAUGGUGGAGCUGUGCAAAAUGCGUGACUGAUGCCUAGCUAGGAAAUUACCAAAACUAAGCUGUGGGUCGAACAAAUUCACCAAAUGCAUUCAUGCGCGACGCAUGAGAAGCUGGCGCGAGCAAAUUAAGCAUGGAGGUACGUAGUUGCCGGACGCGUGCUGCAUCUCCAGGUCGCGCGCUAACUGAUUCAGUUUGUAUGUCGCGUGCACUCGAUCUGCGCGCGAGAACAUGUACGCUCAAUCUGCCCAUAUAUACCACCUUUCUUCUGCAAAGCCAGCCACACCAUCGAUCUCCAUCUCCACAAAUUUCACCGGAGAAGCAUGGCCUCCAUGGCGGUGGCCAGGAUCGCCGCCGUCUUGACCGUGGCGGCGCUCUUCGCCGCGGCGGGGGCAGCGGAUCCCCAACCCGCAAAGGGAGCACAUUGCUGGCGGUGCUACUCUUCCUGCAUGCACAAGUGCGACGGCUACCGUGAUGCCGCCGCCCGCUCCGUCAAUCGUACUCAGCCCGCCGUCCACACAACCGUCGACGAUGGUGCAGCAGCCGCCUCCAUCCCCGUCAACUCUAUCGAUGGCACUGCAGCAAUCACACACUCCACCGAUGGCACUCUAGCCGCUGUCGACAAAACCGAUGGUGCAGUCGCCCAUAUCGCCGACGGCUACGACGACAGGGACGACGAUGACAAGGGCGACAAAAAGGAUGACGAUGACUACGGUGAUAAGAAUGACAAGGACGACGAUGAUAAGGAUGACAAGGAUGACGACGAUGAUGAUAAGGACGACAAGGACGACGACGACAACGACGAUGAUGAGAAUGAUGAUGACGAUGACGACGACGACGACCACGACGACAGCCGCAGCGACUGGCGGAAGUACUUCAAAUGCAAGAAGAUGUGCAUCGUGGACUGCUACAGGAGCCUGCCGCCGGUGUGCUACAAGAUGUGCAUCUCGGAGACCUGCCUCAAUCACCCACCAUAUAAACAGGCGGAUUGCUACAAAUCAUGCGGGCACAAAUGCUUGGACCACCACCACCACCACCACCAUCACCAUCACCACCACCACCCAAGCCCGGGUCCAAAGCCCCCGAGUCCGAAGCCACCAAAGCCGGAGCCAAAGCCGACGCCACCAAAGCCCACACCUCCAAAGCCCGCUCCACCGAAGCCCAUGCCGCCACCGUCGCCCAUACCGCCGCCGUCGCCCAUGGCGCCAAAACCAACCCCGCCGAAGCCGCUGCUAAAGCGGCCGUGCCAUCCUAAUGCACCGAAGCCAAGGCUACCGUGUCCGUCGAAGACUAACUCGAAACCGAAGGUAAAGUCGAAGCCGAAGCCACCGUGCCUGCCACCGGCCACUGUAUCUGUGUCGACCAACACUAGCAACAACUGAUGGUUAUACACCAUGACGUCUAUGCGCACAUAUUUGAAACAGAGCUUGUCAUAUAUAUAGCACAACAAUAUUUAGAGCCAUUAUGAGUAUAUAUAGAUUAUUGUAUAAGGUUACUCUAUAGAUGAAGAACUAAUUCAUCAGCUCUAGCUAAGCUGGGUACAGAGCUAAUUCAUCAGCUCACCAGUGAUCAUGCGUGUUGCUGAAUAUCUCAUC